UUCACAGAGCCGAUGAGAUACACCAACAAUAACAACAAAAACGACAACAACAACAACAACAAAAACUACAGCUACAGCUAGAGCUACAGCAACAACUGCAACAGCGAUAGCAACAACAAGUACAACAAGAGACCGAUCUCGAUGUCUCCGCAAUUAGAUAAUGCUUAAGUUACCAAAAGGUUUAAAAAAGAAAAAGAAGAAGUCGAAAAAGGAUCAAGAACUCUUCACCGAAGAGGAACUCGAGCAGUAUAAGCGCGAUCUAAAAGCCAAGCAGGAGGCGGCCGCCAACAAAUCAGACGCUGGCGAAUCGGAUGCAGCAUCAGACGUCGAGGGCGUAACAUCAUCAACAGCGUCCACAUCGGCGGCAGGUGCCGCAGCCAAAGUAAACGCGUCCGCAGCUGCUGAAGCCUCCUCUCUUCCUACCCACGCAGUCGCUGGUGAUAGUCAUAACGCUCUUGCGGGUGCCACUGACGCUGGAACUAGCGAAGCAGACGAAGAAUGGGCAAAGUUUAAAGCAUUAACGUCCGGCGUCGAUACUAUAUUACACAAGACCCAGGACGAGCUCGACCGCAUCAAGAAGGAGUCUUUUUAUCAGCGCUUACCUUCAGCUGCCGAAAAGAAAAAACAGGAGGAGGAGGAGGCAGCACGUCGAGAGGCUGAGCGCUUAGAGCGUGAACGCCAACGGGCCGCCGAGCUAGAAGCCAAGCGCGACAAACUUGCCGAGGCGGUUGUUGAGCUCUCCGAAUCGGAAGACGAGCACGAGGAGGAAGUCGAUGAUAUAUUUGCCACAGACUAUAUUGAGGCAAUUACCAGUGGUGAGGUACAAUUGACAGUUGUUCCCGAUUCACCUGUGCUUGAGCUUGACGACGGACCGGAUCCUUUUGAUACCGCUUACGCUGAGAAGGUUAUUGUUGGUGCUGAUAAGGCCAAGGGUAACAAGAAGCUUGUAAGUCUUGGUGCCGCUGUUGAGGUGCUUUCGGGUCGAGUAGACCGCGAGCACGCCCUUGCACUUGCCAAUCCGAAACGAAAACUACGCAAAGGCAUACAGAAUUUGUUAUUGAGCGAGAGUGUUGAGCUUGCUGAUCCCGAGGCUGAUUUUAUCGCUCCGGAGCCACAGCAUAAUCUGCUAGACGAUCUAGUUGAUGAUGUACCAGAGUCAGACGCGCCCAUUGAUUUAAGCGUAUCAUUGCAUUUGCAUCUGAUCAAACCACAAAAGCUUGAAGAGGAAGAGGAGGAAAAUACAUUAGAUCUUUCGUUUCAUAGCAAGCCUCAGCCUACUGCUACAGGACCGUCGCUCAAUCCAGAUCUAGCCGAGUUCGAUACACUCAAAGACCCUGAAGACGACGAGUUUGCGGAGCUAGCUGCCGAAUCUUUAACCAAAAAAGACGAGAUCAAGGUAGUUGAUCACGUGGUUUUGCCACCCGUAGAAGUCCUUGCUCAAACUGUAGACGCCAGCUGGGCUGAGUUUGAACCGGAUCCAAAGCACGAAGCAGGAAAGCCUAAACGUCCGCCGCCACCCGUACGACCAGCUGCCGGACCACAUAUUGUGCCUGGUGCUAUCUACGUCAGUGACGACGACGAGGAUAAUCUCGACGACGAUCCUUUCAACACAGCUUACGCUGAACAAGUGAUUAAGAAGACAACCGUACUAGAGGAAGACGACGACUUUGAUCCGCGCGCAGAAGAGCCAGCCGAACCAGCAGGCCAAUUUCUAGCUCAACCAAGUCGAGAUCUCUUGGCUGGUAGUGCUUCAGAUCUUUCGAAAGUUGGAGCAGCACCUAUAGCGCCCACACUUAGUGUUGACAAAGAAAACGAAGACUUUGAUCCAUUUGACACAUCAGCGGUAAGUGCGCUUGUACAGCCGAAGGCUACAGAGCUCAAGUUUCUUGAGCGAGAGCUGCUGCCCGAGGGAAGUCUUAAGCAUUCGCUGAGCGACCCCGACUUUGAUCCACGCGCCGAGGAGCCCGUUCCUACAGCGCCAGUUGUAGCGCCAGUUGUAGCGCCAGUUGUAGCGCCAGUUGUAGCGCCAGUUGCAGCGCCAUCCAAGCCUACAGUUGCUACUAUAGCAUCGGCCAACUCCAGCAUCGACUACGACACCGCACGCAGAAAGUCUUCCCUGAGUCUGAACAUUCAGUCCAAGAGUGUGGGCUUUCUAGUGCCUGAUCAGGAUCUGCUUGGUGUUGGUAAUGACGGUAGUGGCAACAAGAAGCCAUUGACGCCCUACUACGCACCAACUGCUCAAACGAUCUCCGAGAAAGAGUCAGAGGACCCCUUUGAUACGUCGUAUGUGCCAGAGUCCAAGCUAUCGGACAUUGAGUUGAAACACAUUGAAGCGGAUUUAAUAGCCGAGUCCACACUUAAACACAGUCUAUCGGAUCCAGAUUUUAAUCCACGCGCCCCACCCACCCCAGUGCCCGCUGAAGUUUUGUUAGCUGUUGAGGAGAACAUUAAUAUUAAAGUCCUCACGCCAGCGCAGGAGAGCAAAGAUCUUCCGGAGUCGGAAGAAGUUGAUCCCUUUGACACCUCUAUUGCCGCAAAUUUGCAGCCCGGUCGAACUGAAUUGAAGCUUCUCGAAAACGAAUUGCUACCGGAAAGCUCAUCUGAAAUAGUCACAGGUGUUUUAGACACGCAAAGCGACGCACAAGAGUUGGGUCUGGGCGACAAAGUUUUGACACCCUCAGUACCAGUAAAGCAGAUAACCCUACCGGAGGAGGUUGAUCCAUUCGACACAUCGAUUGCUGAAAACCUUGCCCCUGGUGAAACCGAGAUAAAACUGCUGGAAAACGAGCUGAUUGAGCGAUAAGGAGCAUUUUAAAAAGCAACACAAAGAACAAAA